UCUGCGCAGUAAGUACUUUCACUUUAUGAUACUUUAGCUUACAUACUUUUUCUUAAUUAUUUUCCCAAAGUGGUAUUAGUAUUUUUACUUAAAGGAUCUGAAUACUUCUUCUACCACUGCACCAGACUACAUUCAUAAAGAAAUUGUAUUCCAAAUAUGUUGGUACAAAUGAAUCAUGCAUCCCAUCUUCCAUCUCUUCUCUCCUGCAGAUUUCAUUUCACCAUGUCAGGCAAUGGGAGCUUAGAGACAGGUUGCAGGUCAGAGAUCAGACCAAGCAACAACACCUGCAGCCAAAAAGAACUGUCUGUCACCGCCUCCGCCAUCUCCAUGAGCGUGGGCAUCUUCUCCAACAGCCUUGCCCUCUUCAUCCUCAUCAAAUCCUACAACCGCAUCCGGAUCAAGUCCAAGGCGUCCUUCCUGCUAUUUGCCAGCAGCCUGGUGAUCACAGACCUGUUGGGUCACCUCAUCAACGGCUCCCUGGUGCUUUUUGUCUACAGCUCCCACAAGAAAUGGGAGACGUUUGACCCUCACCGCAUCGUGUGCAGCGUCUUCGGGGCGUGCAUGGUGUUCUUUGGCCUGAGCCCCUUGUUGCUGGGGAGUGCCAUGGCGGUGGAGCGCUGCAUUGGAGUCACCAGGCCUAUCUUCCACUCCACAGCAUUAGCUUCCCACCACAUGAAAAGGCUGCUGGGACUCACAUGGCUGCUCGCUGCCCUGGUGGCUGUGCUGCCGGUGCUUCUGUGGAGACCCUACAAAGUUCAGAGAUCCAGGAGCUGGUGCUUCUUCCAUAUGGAGGAACCCAAAGACUGGCUGGAUGUGCUGUUGCCUCUGCUUUUCUCUAUGCUAGGGCUGCUGGCCCUACUGCUCUCCAUUGUGUGUAAUACGCUGACAAGCUGUGCUCUGCUACAGGCCAGACUGCGACGCAAGCAUCACUGUAGAGGCACAUCCUACCACAUAGAGAUGAUCUGCCAGCUGCUGGCUAUCAUGUUGGUAUCCUGUGUGUGCUGGGGUCCAUUAUUGAAGUACACUGUGAUCUACACCAUCAGCUUGAUACACUCCACCCUCCUCAUCCACUACAGUUCUAGGAUCCAUCUCAUCAUGCUGAGCACCAGAGCCAAACAUGAGCCUACGUCUUUCAGUCUCCUGAUGGUGGUACGUAUGGCCACAUGGAACCAGAUCCUGGACCCCUGGGUCUACAUCCUGCUGCGGAAGGCUGUCCUGAGGAAAAUCUUCAUGUUGUUCCAUAGCUGCUGGGGCCCAAAGUCUCAUUACCUACACCGCUGGCAGCGCAGUAUGCUCCGCAGCUCCAUGGAGACCAGCAACUCAGGUGCUGGCCCGUCUGACUGCCGCUGCCUCGGUAGAUUUCCUCUGUCAGACACUACGAUCAAAUCCAUCACCUGAACCCUGGUCACAGUGUUACGAUCUGAGAACACCUGUGAGAAAAACGAAGACUAUCAAAUGUAUUGUGCUCAUCACAAACAUUAUAAAAGCUGGUUUUCAUGUUCUCUUUGGAGUUGUAAAAUGAUCACCAUGAACUGGAAGUAUUGUGGUCUAUUGUAUAAUGUGGGAUUAACCUUUUCAGCUCUGUUUAAUGCAUCAGCUGCUCUGAGCAAAACAUAUCUGAAAUGUUCACAGUGCUCAGGAAAUAUCCAGCCACAGUUUGGUUGGUUCCGUCAUUCCUUUAUUGCGCUUUUUUGGAAAAGUUUCCUUCUUUGUGUUUAAUGCUGCUGAAAUUUCCCGAUGGCAGCUCCAGCCUGCGCUUAUUGUGUUAUUUCUGUUACUGGCAGUAGCCCUAAAACAAGUUCUAUACUGUGUUUUUGACCUCACAUGUGAAUGGUAAGGUGAUAGGGAUUCUUUAUUAUGAUCAAAUCAAUCAGCUGAUGCAGGCUACAUGUGAGAUCUCAACAUUUUGGAUGGUUAAUGCAGUUUAUAUAGGUUGAGCAGAACAGAAUGAAACCAGACAGAAGUGGACCUGUCAGUCAGUCAGCGAUCUGCUUGUAGGUAAUUGUAAAUGUGAUGUUUUUGUAGUGCUUUUGUAGCAUCUCUCUCUUGUGUAAUCUUUUCAAUUUCUUUGGGCUGAACUGUAUUACACCUUUGUGUAAUAAAGGUGA